GAGCUUAUUCUACUUUGGAAAAAUAAAGUGGAAAAGACAUUUGGCCACAACAAAAUUAUUCUGGUCACUAAAGAGACCAAUAGAAAUCAUAGUUACAAUGAUAAAGAGAACAAUAUAAUUGAGUUUAGCAAAAUGUAUAGUUAUGAUAAUAGUGAAGAUGUUAAUAAGACCGAUAGAAAUCAGGAUAUAAUUAAGAUCAACGAAUUUGAUAAUUACUUAACUUCAAUAAAGCAAGACCUUAUCAAAUGGAAUAGCAAAUUUAAAGAAACAAAUGAUUAG